GGGUAGAAAAUUUUAUGCAAUGAAAAAGUUUUCACGAAUUACAUCACAUAUUCUUUUAAUAAAUUUAGUAACAUGGAAUUUACUACUCAUAAGUAGUUGGAAAAUAUCAGUAAAUCAUGUUAACCCAUUUUUAACACUUGUCUAUGUUCAUGGCGGUAAUAAUGCACGUCUUAGUCAUUAUGAUGCAAUGAGUUUUUGUCGUAAAUUAGCCGAAAAUAUCCAACUUCUCAAUGAAACAUUAAUUCAAAAUGCUACAAACCAUAAUAUUUCUUUACAGGACUAUAUAAAUACAACACUUAAUGCUCAAUAUUACAAGCCAUUGAAAGAUUAUUUUCUGUACGGUGAUUUAGUGUCAAUUCAUAGUUCAACUAUGAUACAUGUUAUAAUGGGUUGGGUUUUAUCUACAGAAGCAAGACAAUUUUGGAUUGGUGGAUUAAUUAAAUUAAUUGUGCAUGAAUUCAAUGGUGAACAUAGACAUGUAAUACAAACAUGGACAGAUCAUACACCUGUAACUGUACGUUUUCUACCUCAUCAUAGUCCUGUUUUAGAAAGAUUGCAAGCAAAUGAUAUUGCUUGCUUAUCUAUAGAUUAUGCUAGUGGUAAAUGGGGUAUACAUUAUUGUACUGAAACAAAAUAUUUUGUAUGUGAAUUAUUGAAAUUACCAAAGAGACGAGCAACAAUAAGUGGACAACGAACAAGUACACAUUUCGCUGUUACUACUAAUACUACAAUCGCUUUACAUCAUAAUCAUACUACAAAUAGAAAUAACUCAAGAGCGAAAGUCAUAAUUAUUCAUCUACGUCAUCAUAACCGUAUUAUAAAACAUAAAAAUGUCUCUAUUCCAACAACAACUGUUACUCCACAUACUACGAAUUCAACAACAUUGGGAAUGACAACGACUACACCUACAAGCACCGUGGUGUCGAAUGAAACUGUGACACAUCAAGUAACUACACCGAAAUAAGCUUCAUAAUUGAUUUAAAAUACAUGUUGUAAAGAACAAAAAUAAAUAAAAGGUUUGUCGACCACUUCAUUUGUUAUUAUAUUUAGAAUAGGUAUUGUAUUAAAUAUUUGCUGAAAGUCAGUAACCCUAGAGUAAUGAAUGUUGACUAAAAGUGUAAUAUCUGACUGGAGUUUUUUCUCUAAAUGUGAGCUAGUUUUAUAAAUAAACUAUCGUUUGAUAAUAUGAUAAAGGUCAAUAAAGGAAAGAAACUACUAUGAAAAGAGAAAUAUCUAUCACAAACAAUACUGAACCUAAAAGAAAAGAUGGAUAGUGGCUAGCAGUG